AUGAUAUUAAUCAAAAAAAAAAACUAAUAAAGAGUGCAAAUUAUUAAAAUCCAGCUAAUUUUUUUGUGUUUAAUUUUUGGAAUAUACAAAUUAUGUGCAGAUAAACUCAAUUAAUGUGAAUAGGCUAUAGUGUGUCAUGUAUCAAGAUAAGUAAUUUUAAAUUUUAAAUAAGCAGUUUAUGUUCAAGUUAUCAAUUUUGAUGUCCAACUAGUCUAUUGGUCAUUUAAUUACAUAAAAAUAAAGAAAUAUUUUGGAGAUAAUAAAAACUUUGUGA